GAAAGAAGAAUUAAGAAGUAUUUAGUGAUCUAAAUGUAAUAGAAACAACUUAGAUAUGAAUCAGGAUGUGUGUUGUGGGCGUGAGUGCUGUAAGCAUGACCAACACAGGAAGUUAUCACAGUUGCAGUCAAGAAACUUCAUAGGUAGUUUUUUAGUUUCGGGCUGCUGUUCAGCAGAAGCUGAUGAUGUUAUGAAGCUGUGAGAACGAAGGACCAGGAAUUGGAAACAAGAAGAAUAGAAGUUAUGUCUACUCAAAGUGUCAAGAAAAAAAGAAUUGCUUCACGCCGCCGUGUAAAAAAUCAGGAAGAAGAAGCUGUUGAUUAUGAGUUCCAUGCAGCGGACAGUCCAUCUGUGUUACGGGAAGAAAACACAGAAAUAUUAGCCGAAGUGGUUCACAACACUGAUUCCCAGUCUGCAAGUCAACAUCUACCUUCACCAGUUAUGGGGAACAGAAGAAAACUUGGGUCUAGCCGAAGAAGUAAAGGAAGACGAUAUGUCGAGGGCCUUGUUUCUGAAUCAUGGAAUGAUCAAGAGGAAAACGCCUUGGGUAACGAGUUCCUUAACACACCUUCAGCACCCACAAUGGUAACAAUGAGGCAAGAAGAAUUGAGUCAAAUGAGUGAAGGUGAAUUAACAUCUGUGACACAUCACAGCUCACUAUAUCCAUCAACUUCAUUUGACUUUUCUUCUGAGAUUCAGGACACCAACAAAACAAAUACUCCACAGUCCAUACAAAAUUUGAAAGAGCAUUUUGAUGAAAAGGACUGCAAACAGACCUGUUGUGAAAUCACACAUGAAAAGAUGAAUACAUCAGAAGCUCUUUGGAGUGACAAUGGUAAUCGAAUCCCACAAAGUGUGCAUAGUUAUUGUGUAUCUUCAAUCACAAGUUUAAAAGAACGUCCAUGUUCUCAGACUGAGCAGCAGUCUGGUGACCAAUCGCAUGUCGUGGAUGAUGAAAAACUUGUAAAGUCUGUAUUAGUACCCAAACAUCAAGCUGAUGCAAAACUGAUGAGUGGAAAUGUACAAGACCACUAUUUGGUUCCUGAGGUACAAGUAACAUCAGAAGACAAAGUGUCUUGUAUCACAUCUAUGGACAGCACAAAACAAAACGCAGGAGAAGCAGCUGAAAUUCAAAGCAUUGAGCAAGCCCCAUUUGCAAAAUCAGAGCAGGCAACCAUGAAUGAGAAACAAAGUGAAGUCGCAGCUGAUCAUCAACCAGAGGAUAAUGUAAAUGAAAUGCAUGAGCUGGAGAUUGUGUCUACACAAAUGCAAGAAUUGCAUCAGACUCAGAGUUGUGGCCUUGUGAUGCAUGGUGCUAACGACACCUCGGAUUUUGGACAUCUGCUGGAAACUGGGAAAAAUAUGGACACGCAUGAAUCUGAAUUCAAUGUGAACAAUUCAACUGCUGAUGGUGAACUGCCAGUUCCAAAACAACUGAAUGAACAUCUUAUUGAUGAAAGCAAUGUGGACAUUUUAACCCUCAGAAAUAAAGAUCAUGUUUGUGACUCUGAGGGAUUACGGAUCAAUAGCCCUGAAUUGGUGGAGGCUGAAGCCAGAGGUGUAGAUGAUGUAAAAUGCAGUUGUGAACAACUAGUGCAUGGGAAAAUGGAAGCACUAGUUUCUGGUGUUGAGGGUUCUGAAUGUUCUUUCCAAAUAUUGCAGUUAGAAACAAAUGUCUCUUUGAACUCCCAACCUAUGGAUGAUUCUGAGAGCACAGAAUUGCAAACUGAUACAGACUUCAAACCUGCAGGGGAAGUGAGCUCCACUGAGGAACAUUCUCAAAACUCAGCAGAUACAUGUGAUGAGAACACAGUGUUCCAGAAUACCACGGGCAAUAACAUUGUGGCAGCUGAAAUUACUUCAAGUUCAGAUAAAGACCAAUUUCUGAAAUCCACAGAGGACAUCAGUGUGGAGGAGAACCUGGGGAUACAAAUGAAAGACCCUGAGAAUCUCAGUCAACUUGAAGAAUAUGAGCCAUUUACAACAGAACUGAUGCAUGUACAAGAAGAUUCACCUUCUCAGAACCUGUCAAAUCACAGUGAGGCAGUGAUCUCCAUCACAAGUGUUGUGGAUGAACUUUACCAAGGGGCAAGUAGUCCUGUUGCAUUGGAUCAAGAUAUGGACAUGAAACAAGGAGAUGAUGUGGAAACUGCAGAAGACGCCACCAUAGAAAACUGGACAGAAAAUUUGGUCAAAGACCCAGUGAGUUUGGUGGAUAGUGUUUCUGGGGGGGAUGAAGUUGGAGAAAAAUGUGAUGUUCCUGUUCGAGAAGACUCUGCUGUCACAGAAAUUGAUGGGACACAGGAAAGCAUAGAUGUUGUUUUGUUUUCUGCUCCAUUUCAUGAAGAAAAUGAAAAGGUACUUGCAGAGCCACCUGGUGAUGCAUGUGAGGAAAAUGGAAUUUCAAAUGCUGCUGAUUGGGAUAACAUUCAACAAGAUACACAGCAACAAAUGCACUUUAUAGAUGAUGAUAUGCACACAAGCACCAAACAGAAAAGGAGAAAGAUGGGUUCAACUCGUAGGAUUAAUCUGAACAGAGGCCAAGACGAAGGAAUGGACACCAGAGAUGUAACAAAAACUGAACAUUAUGCUGAAGCCAAGGAGACAAAUGAGUCUUUUUCAGGUGCAGAGAAGAGAAAAACACUUGAGCUUAAAUGUAAUGAAAACAACCUGCAUCAGGUAUUAGAUGAACAGGAUGUUGGCAGUAUUGUGACAGACAUGACCCAUACAUUAACACAGCUGACUGUUAAAGAAAAUGACCAUUACACUGACAUCAAAGUGACUAAACAAACAAAUUUGGAUGAGGCUGUAGCUCGCGAGGAAGUCAGUGAAUCAACAACCUGGGAAUCUGCAUUCACCGUGAUGGAUAAUAAAAAGACGAUAAUUACAGAAGAGAAAACAUCACCAGAUUCAACUCCAAGCCAAAUUAGUCAAAAAGACGCUGAAGAGGCAGAUCAGGUAUUAAAUGAAGAAAUAUUUGCUCAAAGUGUCAAUAAAAGAGGAAUUGGUUCACGUCAUGGUGUACCAAAACAAAAUGAACAGGGAAAUACUCACGAUGAGUUCCGUGCAGCAGACGCUCCCUCUCUGUUCAAGGGCUACGAACAGGAAGAAAACACAGAAAUGAUGGUUGAAGUGGUUCAUACCAAUGAUUCCCAGUCUGUAAGCCAACAUUCACCUUCACAAGAAGCCUCGGGGAACAGAAGAAAACUUGGAUCUAGUCGAAGGAGUAAAGAAAGAAAAUAUGUCAAGGACUAUGUUGUGGAAUCACAGAGUGAGCCCCAUGAAGAACCUGUGGAGAACACCUCAGGUCAUGAUAUCCUCAAUACACCUGCAGUGGUGGCAACUGUGGGACAAGAAGAAUUGCAAGAAUCUUCAUUAACUGCAUUAAUUGAACAUCCAUGUUCCCAGACUGAGCAACACUUGAGUGACCAGUCUCAUGUCAUGGAGACACCAGGUGAUGUCAGUAUGGAGGAAACCAUGAGGUUACCAGUGAAAGAACCUAACAGUCUCAGUCAGCUUGUAGCAUAUGAGACAUUUACAGUGGGUUUGAUGCAGUCACCAGAAGAUUCAACUUUUCAGAACAUGACAAAUCACGGUGAGGAAGUGAUCUCCAUCAUAAGCAUUGUGGAUGAACUUUACCAAGAAGCAUGUAGUCCUGAUGCAUUUGAUCAAAAUAUGGACAUGAAACGGGGAGGAGAUACAGAAACUGCAUACGGUGCCACAGUAGGAAACAUGGCGGCAAACUAUGACAAAGACUCACUGAGUCUGGUAGAUAGUGUUUCUGGUCAACGUGGAGGAGAGAAAUGUGAUGUUCUUGCGAAAGAAGAAAUCAAUGCUACACAGGAAAACAUAAAUGUCGUUUUUUCUGCUGCAGAAAGUGACUUAUCUGUUCAGUUUCAUGAAGAAAACUCUAAAGUAUUUACAGAGCCAACUGGUGAUGUAUGUGAGGAAAAUGGAAUUUCAAGUUCAGCUGAUGGAUUUAAGAGUCAACAAGAUGGAGUGGAAGAAACACAUUUUGAGUACAAGGACAAUUUGGACACAAACACCAAACAGAAAAGGAGAAAGAUGGGUUCAAGUCGUAGGAUGAAGCUUCACAGAGAACAAGAGGGAGAAGUGGACAGCAGAGAGGCAACAAAAGACAGCGACUUUCACGUAGAAGUUGAGCAGAAGAAAAAUGAGAGUUCUGGUGGUGAAAUGGAAAAAACAGUUGAGUCUAAGUCAAACGUAAACAAUCUGCAGCAGGUAAAAGAAAGUGAAAUUAUGAGUGAAGUAGCGCAUAAUACAAAUACCAGUCAGGAUUCCAAUGCAUCAAGCAGGAGAAGAAAGUUGGGCUCCACCCGGAAGAAUUUUGGAUCAAGAACCAAAGUGGAAAACUUGCAUCGAAAGCAGGAGAUGGUGGCGGAGACUGCAACAAGUGAAAGAGAUGCCAUAACUGAAAAUAUCUUUGUUGACAAAGAAAUGCUACAAUAUCAAAUGCAACAUGAUGUUUGUGGCCCUGAACGAGAGAUGUUAAAAACUUUCCAAUCAGUGGAGUGCAGCCUCAUGUUGUUGGCAUGUCAGUCAGUUGAAGAAAUUGCUGUUUCUCACAUCCAGCUGGGAGAAAUGGAGCGGUGUCAACCUCCAAAUGACUUUUCUUCAAGAUCACCAGAUUCUUCCGCGCAAGAUUUUCAGUCAGAGUCAACAAGUGGUGGUCGAAAAAGGAAAAUGGGCUCGCACCGCAAGACAUGUGGACACCAGCUUUCUGAAAACCGAAGUGCAUGUGAGGACAAAAUAACAGGUGAUAGAAAUGGAAGACCAGUUGAAAGUACCAGAGAUGCAGCUGCUAUCCAGACCUCUAAAGAUGAGAGUGAAGAAUCACUGAAGAAAACACACGAGGUUAAUGAAAAUGGCAGAAGACCAUCACGUAACUGCGGUUCAGAGUCGGGGGCGAACUUUCCAAGUGAGAAAUCACCUGAACAUGUCACAGUCCAGCAGGCACGUGCUGAAGUCCACUUGGUUCCAAAGAAAGAAAACAGACAUUCUUUGGGUAAUACCAAAGGUAUAGAUGUUACACCACAGUGUUAUAGUAUUGUCAUGGUUGGAAACAGCGGUGUGGGAAAAACGUCUUUCAUGAAAAGAGCUCAAAGCGGAGCAUUUUCUUCAGAUGUAUGCGCCUCUGUUGGCAUUGAUUCUUGCACGGUGACUGUGAAUGUUAAUGGUAAAGCAGUGGUGUUGCGACUCUGGGAUACAGCAGGUCAAGAAAGGUUCCACAGCCUCACAAGACAGAUGCUUCAUAGAGCUCAGGCAUUCCUCUUGAUGUAUGAUGUCACUUUGGCUGACAGUUUCUCUGCUGUCCGCUACUGGGUCACCUGUAUUCAGGAAGGGGCAGCAGAAAAUGUGACCAUUUUGCUUCUUGGGAAUAAAAGUGACUGUGCAGAACACCGGGUUAAUUCCCAAGAAGGGGAAAUACUCGCUAAGGAAUACAACUUUGAAUUCAUGGAAUGCAGUGCUGCCACAGGAUACAAUGUGACUCAUGCUCUAGAAACUCUGGCCAGGAUAUUGAAUCAGAAGAUUGAGCUGAAAGAGGAAGGCAUGGCAUUACACAAAAAGCCCCAACAGAGAAGAGCAUUAGGUUGUUGUUGAUCACCGUUGUCUGCAAAUUUAAACUGUGAUGUCAUGCACACAACCCUGCACUGCCUUUCAAAGUUUGUGUGCAGCUUAUCCCAAACCACCCUUAUUGUUGUGGUUAAAACUGUAAUAAUUCAUAUUAAAAAGGCCUUUGAAUGUUAAUAUCAAGAUAUUAAUUACAUCUGAUAGGUAUUUUCUGACACAGGAAGUCAGUGUAAAGUUGUAACUCAAGUUGCGUGUGUCUUUUUAGUAUUUGUUUGGACAGCAUGGUGGAUCAGUAGUUAGCACUUGAAGUUGCCUCAUAGCAAGAAAGUCUGGGGUUUGAUUCCACCCAUGCAAAGUUCCUUUCUGUCUGGAGUUUGCAUGUUCUCUCCAGGUGGAUUUCCUCCCGCCAUCAAAAACAUGCACACAUUAGGGUCUGUGUCUUUCUCUGCCCCUGACCAAGGCAGCGUCUCUAUACUCUGCAUGUGGUGUUGGUCCUUGGGUACCAGUCUGUGGCUGCCCUCUGUUCCAAGUGGUUGGAUUAUGUCUUUUCUGUGAUCACGACAGGUUAAAAUGCAGGAAAAAUUUUCUUGUAUGUUUUCUUGUACAGUGACAACAAAGGCCCCUUUUUCCGGUCACUCUUGGAAAGUACUACAUCAUAAUGUUGCAUUGUAUGUAUGUUUUGUCUCACCAGGUAAAAUGGAUUGUUAAAGACUUCUAAUAAAGAAUUCUGCUGCAAACUAAAAAUUAGGCAUUUAAAGAGUUCAUCUUGUAAUAUUUGGGGUGUGGAUGGCUCAGUGGUUUGAAGAAGGUUGCCAGUUUGAGCUCUACUGGGCACCUAGUAGGAGAAGGUAUAAGGUGGUGAGGAAAGAAACUCACCACCCUACCUCACCAUAUCAUGGCUCUGCACAUACACAUCUCUACAACUAGCACAUCCCCGAAGCUCAGAUUUUAUUGGUUUUUUUAUCUGAUGCUGUGUCUGCACUGCGUUGCAAAGCACAAUCACUUCAGACAUGAUUUUAAAGUGUUUCUACUUUGGCUGAUUUAUUGGAGGACAUUUAGUUGCUCACAUCUCUGCAUGCUGUCACAGCUUCUAGGUCAAAUAGUCCACAAUAAACAACUUUCAACACCAAACUAGUGACCCAUAAUCACCAUCAGACCUUAAGCCUCCCUCUGAAUAGUUUGUAUCUACUUCUCAGACUUGUUUAACAAUAUAUUAAAAUCCUUAUAUUCACGUUUUCUGAACUAUGUUGCCAUGGCAAUGUUUUCCAGUGUAAGGAAGAACUGCACGUUCUCUCUGAACAUCCUGUUACACAGCGGUAAGACCAUGACAACAGGACCCACACAGCACUAACCUCACACAAUUGCAAAAGAGCUUUGGUGGGAAGCUUAAAUGUAGAAGGAAAUUUCCCCAUUUAUGUGAGGAUGCGGAAGAUAAUCAGAAAUCCCUGCAACAUUCUCUGCUGCUGUAGAAUAUCCAAGUACAGUCCAUGCCUGCAAAUAAAGAGCUCAAUCAGUUAAAUAAUUCAGACUUCUUUGAUCAUGGUUUAUGCUGAUUCAAAUUUAUUCAUUUAUUUUUUUAAUUCUUUAUUUUGGUUUUUAGACAACAGAGAAUAUUUACAUUGUUUUUUAGAUAUAAAUUUGUUCAGUUUCCUCUGUAGUCCUCAAUUUUAAACAGUAAACAUAAAAUACAAACAUGGGAGAGAUAAUGAUUGUAAAACAACAAAAAAGUGCCUACCGGCCUAUCAAAGAGAUAUGAAGAGAGAGAUACAGAAAUUUAGAGCAAAUAAAGAAAUAACUUCAGUUAAAAAACACUAGAACAAGACGGCAUCAUACGGUUCUUGGACUGUCACCUCCAUAAAGUCCGCACGUAGAGGUUUCACAUAUUUAACCCACUUCCUCCAAUGUUCAAUAAAAGCAUCCUUCUGUAAUUGUAAACAAAAAGUCAUCCUUUCCAUAACAUAAAGCUCAUUCACAGUAUUAAUCCACUCAAGUAUUGUGGGGGGCAGCCACUUUCUAGUGAGAGCUUUUUUACAGGCUGAGAUUAGUAUGCCGAACAUAUAUUUAUCACUUCUUGACUGAAAAACAACAAUACCCAGAAAUAGUGAAGUAAAAUGUAGAGGCAAAUCAAUGUUCAGGAUGUUUUUAGUGUUUUAUGGAUCUCCACCCAAAAUGGUUUUAUUACUGGGCACUCCCAGAAAAUAUGCCAGUGGUCGGCCUCCCGACACCCACAUUGUCUCCAGCAUUCACUAUCCUCUCGUGCAAAGUGUGCUUUCUGCCUAGGUGUGAUAAAAAAAAAAAAAGAACACUACACUUCCAACCAAAUUUCCUCCACAAUUGGGAGUUUGUACAUCUCCAUACAAAAUUCCACAAACCUGACCAUUCCUCAUCUGAUAGAGAGAUUUCCCGCUUUUUCCCAUUUCACUUUAAUGUACUCUGUUGCAUGUUGUUUCUUAGUCAUAAGACCUUUAUAGAUUUUGGAAAUAACUCCUGUGUUUAAAGCAUUCUGAUAAACAUCUGUAAAUAAUCUCAGUAUUGGAUCCUCUAGAUUUGUAUUGUUUCUUAUAUUAUGAUCAAAAUAGUUACAAAUCUGAAGAUAUCUAUAAAAAAAAUCACUUUUCUCAAGACCAUAUUUUCUUUUCAAAUAUUCAAAGUCUUUAAAUUGGCCUUUUUCUGAUAAGGUGGUUGUUAUUCCUUUUGUAAUCCAUGAUUUGAAUCUGUAAUCCAUCUUGUUAGGUUUAAAACCAGGGUCAAAGGCACACCACUGAUUUGUAUUUUAUCAUCCAGUUUAUAUUUGUCUUUUGUCUUCCAGAUUUUAAACUGCGCUUCUAUUAAAGGAUUUUUCACAGUAUCUAGAAGUCCUCCAAGAUUCUUUUGAGCUGUCAGUGCAUGUACUGGGAGUUUUUUUUUUUUCUCAUAUGGGAGAGUUCAGUAUCUUUCCACCUAGGUUUAUAUGAUGGGGUACAAAUAUUUAUCAAAUGUUUAAUCUGGGUUGCAUAGAAAUAGCUUUUGACAUGUGGAAGGGCCAUCCCACCUUCUUCCUUUUGGAGUUGUAAGGUCUGACAUUUGACCUUAGGCUUUUUUCCCCUGCCAGAUAAAUCGAGAGAUUUUAUUUAAAUCAGAGAAAAGUUUCUGGGGGAUUUCUAUUGGAAGGGCCUGAAAUAAAAAGAGAAAUCGAGGCAGAACAUUCAUUUUUACCAAAUCAAUUCUAUGACUGAGACCGAAAGAAGUAAUAGAGUUCCAUCUACUGAUAUCUUCUUUAAUUUUUGUCAUCAAUUGUAUUUGAUAAAUUUAUUCACAAGUAUUUCAAUGAAUUCUGGUCCCAUUUGAAGAAUUUCUCUUGAAUCUGAACUGGAGAUGAUUAAUUAAAAGACAUUUGUGUUUUCUGUAUAUUUAAUUUGCAUCCUGUGUAUCUACUAAAUGUCUGUAAGAGCGUAAUUCAAUAAGUGAGCAAGAAGAUUGGGUUAAAUGGACCAAAACAUCAGCUUAUAGUGCCACCUUGUGGACUUCAUUUAUAUAAAUUCCCUGGAUGUUUUCUGUCUUAUUUGUUGUGCUAGAGGUUCUAUGUAAAGGACGAAGAGCAGUGGCGACAAAGGGCACCCUUGUCGCAUUCCACGCUCUAAACUUAUAGGAUCCGUGUGAUAGCCAUUUAUUUUAAUAUGGGUUGAAGGUUUACUAUAAAUUGUAUUAAUUAUUUUAACACAUUUUUCAUGCAUGCCAAAUCUUUUUUAAUACAUUACAUAGGAAAGGCCAGCUCACCGAGUCAAAAGCUUUCUCGGCGUCUAGGCUAAUAUAGAAUAAAGAUUCUAUAUUAUUCUGUUGGAUAUGAUUUAUUAUGUGAAGAGACCGUCUAUUGUUGUCAUGAAUUUGUCUUUUUGAGAUAAAUCCUGUCUGGUCAUUAUGUAUGAGCUCAGGGAGAAUCUUUUGGCAAUUAUAGCUGCAAAAAUUUUGUAAUCAGUAUUUAACAGAGAAAUUGGCUGAUAUGAUCCACAAUCCAAGGUAUCUUUUCCUUCUUUGGGUAUAAUCGAUAUCAUUGCUUCAUUCCAAGAUGGAGGCAUCACACCUUCCAAAGUUGUAUUACAGGCUCUGAGUAAGCUUGGUAUUAAUUCCUGGCGAAAGGCUUUAUACCAUUCUGAAGGAAAACCAUUUGUUCCGGGGGAUUUGUUUGCUUUAAGCUUUGAGAUAGCGUUAUUUAAUUCUAAAACAGUCACUGGACCAGUUAAUAGUUUAUUUUGUUUUUCUGUCAUUACUGGCAAGUUCAGAGUACUUAAAAACCAGGCUAUUUGUUGCUCAUCUUCUAGCAGGGGUUGCGUGUAUAAAAGUUUAUAAAACCUUUUAAAUGUCUGUUGUUUUUCCUGUUGCUUAUAUAGUGUAAUUUUAGAAACUGGAUCUAUUAUCUUGUAUGGUGUUAUCAGCUUGUUGUUUUUGUAGCCUUCUUGCCAAAGGUUUCAAUGAUUUUGAGCUUGACUCAUAGUAUUUCUGCUUUGUGAAUACCUUUUUUUUCAAUUUCCUUUGAGUACAGUAUAUUUAUCUCAUUCUGAUUUUCUUUAUCUUUAUGAUCAAGUCUGUUUUUUGCUCCUUUUUAUGUUGUGUCUCCAUAAAUGUUGCAGUUAAUAUACCAUUGACUUUGCCUGUUACCACUAUAAAUCUUCCCUUUCUUACUUUUGAAACUAAUUCAAAAGUUAUUUUUUUGUGAUAUUAAUAUUGCUACCCCUCUCCUACACCCAUUCUUAUAAGAUGAAUAAUAUACUCUUGAAAAACUCAUUUUUAAAUUUUCAUGUUCCGUUGGGCUGUGGUGUGUCUCCUGUAAGAGUAUCACCUGCCCAUUUUCCUUUUUCAUUUUAGACAAUAUUUGACUUCUUUUAGUUGAGUUUAGAAUCCCUUUCACAUUAAAAGAAAUAACUUUAAUUUCUCCCUUAUUCAUGUUUAUAUUUGGCACUUGUUAGAUGUCCAUUAUCUUUGAAAAUAAAAUUAUACACAAUUCUCUCCCAACAAAAAAUAGCACACAAAGAACAAUUUUGAACAAAACCUUAACAAAAAAAAAAAGAAGUAGAGGCUCGUUUAAAUGGAGCCUUGUGAAGUCAAAGCUCCCAUUAGAGAAUGUCCCCCGCUGGAUCAGUGGUGGGGCCCUAUAGAGCGGCCACAUUUUAGUCAAUGUCUCAAUAAAAAAAUAUGUAAUACAAACUGAAGGUAACUUGUCAAUUCGCGAAUUCCAACAUAUUUAAAUAAAGUAACACACUGUAGAACUCACACACACUGGUGGAAAAACCUCAACUGUCUCUCAGGGUGAGGAUCAGAAUAUUUUAACACUUACAUAUCCGUGAUCAUCAUCUUUAUUUUAAUAAAAUGAUGAAGCUAUUCGUCUGCUGUAGGAGAGCGCCUUCUGAAAGCUUGGAAUUUCUCCUUGUAUUGAGAGCGGUGGUGGCCUUUUUUGCGAGUGAUGUCAGCCGCUUCCCGACGUCCGCGUCAUCACUCCGGUCCGCCGUCGCCCAUGGUCUACCAGGCAGACAGCUGCUGGAUUUCCUCCCAAACCGGGUCAGCGGCGGACUUCACCACAUUAACUGCAAACCCUCGUGAGAUCAUGCCGCUUGUCACUUCUGAAGCAUUUUGAAACAUCCGGGUGCCGUCUUCAUAAAAAAUUUGCAUCCGCGCAGGAUAAGGAGUCUGGAACUUUAUUUGCUUUCAGAACUUUGACUUCAGCGUAUUCACUGCGCUUCUUCAGCACCUCAGGAAGGAAGUCAUGGUCCACAUAAAAGCGAACACUGUUACAAAGCACUUCUUUUUUCUGCCAUAUGCACUGGAGGACCUCUUCCUUGGUCUGGUAACUUCCAAACUGGAGCACGAUGGAUCGGGGUUUGGUAUUCAGGUCCUUCGGCUUCAGUGCCAGGGCUUGGGCAAAA